UAUUUCACAAAUAAGAUGGCAGACUUGUAUUGGGGGCCUGCUGCUUCUGGUCACUGGAAAGCUUGGUUGGGUCAACAUAAGUGGCAUUCCCAGGUCAGCAGCAAUUUCCUGGCUUCCAGGAUCAUUCCUGUUUGUAGGGAAUAUCUAUGCUGGGUCAAGAGCUCUUUCACGCUUGCCUAUCCCUUUCUUCUUCACUCUUCAUAAUGCCUCUGAAGUGAUUAAUUGCUUGAUCCUGAAACUAACGCAGAGAGAGAGAAUUCCAUGGAUGAAGCUUUUUAGUCUGAGUCUGCUGGUAAUAUCGGCCAUCAACCUUCCGCUCUGUGACCCUCAGUCUGAAUUUGGUGGUUACAUGUGGGCCUUGGUACAUCUCUUCUGUGUUGGUGCCUAUAGAGUGUUCCAGACACAUUUCAAGUCCACUCACUUGAGUGAUCUUGAACAACAAUACAUCAACUACUUGUUCAGCGUAUUGCUGCUAGCCUUUGCUGCCCACCCUACUGGUGACUUAUUUGGUGCCUUGGAAUUCCCGUUCCUCCUCUCCCCGAGAUUUCACAGUGGCUGUUGUGCCAGUGCCUUGUUGGGGUUUUUCUUGCUGCUGGCGACAGUCAAACUUAAAAGUGGUUUACCCCUUGAGCUCUGUGGGAUCUGGAUCAUUUUGGCCAAGGUUUUUUCUACAUGUCUAUCUCCACUAGUUUUCAACAUGGAAAUUAACCCUCCAUCCCUCUGCUGUGUCAUCUUCAGCCAUGUUGGAGAAGCUCUGCUGAUAUAUUCGGAAAAGACUUCCCAAAUCUGAUGAGAACUAUGAGAAAUAAGUACUUCUACCUCAGCGAAUGCACAUCUAAUGUCAACAGAGUGUACUUGCACUCUAUUUACCACAGUGAGCACUAGCUCAGGAAUGUAUGCUUAAAUCUAUUUUAGUUAUUAGCCUUUUCUACAACUUGCUGUGAACCAAAAAUAAAUAUUACCACUUAACUUUUAGCUUUUUUCCCUAAAAUGUUCAAGCUAUUUUCCCUAAAAUAGUUUUUGCUGACCUAUAUACUUAAUGCUGAGUAACGACUCAGAUACGUCAUUUAUAAUGCAUUUAUUCAUUACAAUUUCUGCUUCAACAACAAUUAUCUACAAAUACACCUAAUAAAGACACUAACGUUCAACAGUG